AUGCGGUUGUCGACGUCAUUUACUUGCAGUUAUAUUUUUGAUGCUAUUGCGCCCGCACGAAUCAAAGGAAUGCAAGGAUACGCAGCUUUACAGUUUGUAUUGUAUAGUGAUUAUGAUGUGUAUUUUACCAAGUGCAGUGAUUUAAUACAUAACAUAACUAUUAUGACCGUUCUUGAAUCGGGGAGUGUGGGGAACGCGUCGUCAUCUGAUGAGGAGUUGGAGCAGUGGGAGCAAAUAUUCAUGAUGAGAGAUGAAAAUGGAAAUAGUUAUCAUGACAAGAGAAAGAAAAGAAGCAUAUGGUGUCGGCCGUCAUGUAUUCCUGUGUCAAUAGUUAUAUUAUUGAUUGUUCUUGUGGUUUUAGUGCCACUAUUAGAUCAGCCGAAUAUAGCCCAGGUGCUGCCCACUGCUAGAGACUUACAUUGCUCAGAUGAGUGUAGGUUAUCUUUAGUAGAAAGUAUACCAGAGGGUCAUAUGUAUCCGCCUAAUUCAACACAUGCCAACACAAAAAAUGUCUGGCUAGAUUUGAUAGACGAUGCUCAAUCAUCUAUAGAAAUAGCGUCUUUGUAUUGGACUCUUAGGUUUAAUGAACAAUAUCCAUAUAAUUCCUCUAUUGAGGGUGAACAAGUUUUCCAGGCGUUGUUAGCAGCUGGAUUGAAGAGAAAUAUAAAAUUAAGAAUUGCUCAAAACUGGCCUUCUAAGUCUUACCCUAAUGUAGACACUGAAUAUUUAGUUAAGAAAAAAGCAGCGCAGGUGCGAAGCCUUAACUUCUCAAAGCUGCUCGGAAGUGGCGUCCUUCACACGAAGUUCUGGAUCAUAGACAAGACACACUUCUACAUAGGCAGCGCUAAUAUGGAUUGGAGGUCGCUGACUCAAGCAGAUAAGAAGAUGGGACGAUAUAAAGGUUGCGGGUCCAAUUUGGAUUCGCACCGCUCGAGAAUAUUGAAAAAAUUCAGAGCUUCGACAAAGGCCGAGCAGUAA